AUGCGAAGUUCCGCAGUGAGUAGAGAGCGGAGCAACGUGAGGCUAAGAUAGAGCGGCGAAUGAUAUCCCUCUCCUUAUUUAGGUGUGGUUCGCGACGACGGGAGGGAGCAGGGAAGCCAGACACAGAGAGUGGGUGGGAGAAGGACAUGGAGGGAAUGUACCCAUUGGGAGUCAUCGCUGCUUCGAUCCUAGCGUUUCUCCUCCUCCUCGGGAUCCAUGGACGUUGGGGGAAGGGCCGGAAGGCCGCUGGAAAGCGCGAUUCCGGCAGGGUGGCCGCCGGGUUUGGCGGGGCCGAUGUUAUCGUCGUCGGCGCCGGGGUCACCGGCUCCGCUCUUGCUUAUGCGCUCGGGAAGGAUGGCAGACGUGUGCAUGUCAUCGAGAGAGAUUUGGCUGAGCCCGACAGAAUUGUCGGUGAAGCCUUGCAACCUAGAGGUUGCCUAAACUUACUUGAGCUAGGGCUCGAGGAUUGUGUCGACGAGAUCGAUGCUCAGCGGGUCCUUGGCUAUGUUCUUUACAAAAAUGGGAGAAGCGCCAAACUAUCAAUACCUCUGGAGAAGUAUCAUGUAGAUGUUGCUGCCAGGUGCUUCCAUCAUGGGCGUUUCAUCCAAAGAUUGCGAGAGAAAGCAGCGUCCUUGUCCAGUGUUCAGUUGAAGCAGGGAGCUGUGACAUCCUUGAUUAAAGAAGACGGAAUAGUUAAGGGGGUAGUUUACAAGACUAAAUCUGGUAAAGAAUCGAAAGCUUUUGCACCUCUUACAGUUGUAUGUGAUGGCUGCUUUUCGAAUCUGAGGCACACACUCUGUUCCUCCAAGGUAAAAAUAAAUAGAGAACUUGAAGUUUCUUUUCUUUUUCAUUUCUCUCUUCUAAUAACUGCAUUUAUUCAUUGUAACGAUUUGCCAAAAAACUCACCAGAAAUGAACAUGCUGGCAGAUGCGUUUUACAAAUUAUUCGGCACAUCACCUGAUGAAGCUAGGAAGGAAAUUGGACAAGCCUAUUUUGACUGUCUGAGCCUUGGAGGUAGGUUUUCAAGUGACUCUACUGCUUUAAUCGGUGGUCUCAAUGCCAGCCCAUUGCAUCUGGUCAUCCACUUCCUUGUUGCUGUUACUCAUGGAGUUGGUCAUCUACUGUUGCCAAUUCCAUCAGUCCGGGGAUUACGUGGUAGUGCGAGACUGAUUUCUGCUGCUGCAGGUAUCGUUCUCCCCCUCAUGAAAGCAGAAGGGUUUAGGCAAACGUUCUUCCCAGCUACUUUUCCUGCAUAUUAUAGAGAUCCUCCUGCCCAACUGAAACAAUAAGAAGAUGGAUGGCAGGACAGGUCAAGCCCAGUAUGGUGCAGUUUCUACCUCCUUAUUUAUGCAUAUGUGCCAUGGUCCAUGGUUUAUUCGUGGGAAUGUAUGUGAUGUAUAUUGGGACUAUGUGUGUGUAUGUAUGCUGAGAUCUCUGAUUAGUGUUGUGAAGACAAAACCUUAUAA